UCCUGUUUUGGGAUUUAACGCGUAGUUCCACUGAUGGAGAAGCUAAAAAGUUGAGACUUGUUCGCCCGGGAAACGUGUCCGGCGGACACGAACUGCCGCUCGCCGGGAAACUAAAUGGGACGAUGACAAAGAUGUCUGCGUGGCUGUGGAAGGGGAGGCAGGAAGAGUAGCCACGAGGCAGAGAGGCUCCUCCCCCUCCAGCCUCCUCCCCUCGCCGUCCUCCAGGGGAGUCCGUGUUUGUUUGUUUGUUUGUUUGUUUUCUGCCCGGAUACAACCCGCAACCUGGUGGCUUCAUGAUCACAUGACCGUGGAUAUGGACGCAGUCCUGUCCGACUUUGUCCGUUCCACUGGAGCUGAACCGGGAUUGGCCAGAGACCUGCUCGAGGGCAAGAACUGGGACUUCACCGCCGCCCUCAGUGACUUUGAGCAGCUGCGACAGGUGCAUGCUGGGAACUUGACGUAUUCGUUCGCGGAGGACAGGAAGUACCCGCCGCUGGAAAAGGAGAUGGCCCGGGUCGGGCGGCCCGUGCUCCACCGCCAAGACGAGGUGGUGCAAGCGGCGACAGAGAAGCGCCUGUCGAGGGGCAUUUCCCACGCCAGCUCCACCAUCGUGUCGCUGGCGCGCUCGCACGUCUCCAGCACCGGGGGCAGCAGCGCGGAGCCGCUGCUGGAGACGCCGCUGUGCACCUUCCAGCUGCCCGACCUCACCGUGUACCGGGACGACUUCCGCGGCUUCAUCGAGAGGGACCUCAUCGAGCAGUCCAUGAUGGCGGCGCUGGAGCACGCCGGGCGACUGAACUGGUGGACCAAAGUGGUUUCACACUGUCAGAAUCUGCUGCCGCUGGCGACGAGUGGGGACGGGAACUGCCUGUUGCACGCCGCCUCGCUGGGCAUGUGGGGUUUCCAUGACCGCGACCUGAUGCUCCGCAAGUCGCUGUACGCGCUGAUGGACCGCGGGCCGGAGCGGGAGGCCCUGAGGCGCAGGUGGAGGUGGCAGCAGACCCUGCAGAACAAAGAGUCCGGCCUGGUGUACACGGAGGAGGAGUGGCAGAAAGAGUGGAAUGAGCUGCUGAAGCUGGCCUCCAGCGAGCCCAGAAUACACUACAGCACCAACGGCGCCGCCGGGGCGGAGUCCUCGGACGAGCCGGUGUACGAGAGCUUGGAGGAGUUCCACGUCUUCGUGCUGGCGCACGUCCUCAGGAGGCCCAUCGUGGUGGUGGCCGACACCAUGCUGAGGGACUCGGGAGGAGAGGCCUUCGCUCCCAUCCCGUUCGGGGGCAUCUACCUGCCGCUGGAAGUGCCGGCUGCCAAGUGCCACCGCUCGCCCCUGGUGCUGGCGUACGACCAGGCGCACUUCUCCGCUCUGGUCUCCAUGGAGCAGAAGGACGGCUCCAAGGACCAGGUUGUCAUCCCUCUCACCGACUCUGAGCACAAAAUGCUGCCUCUGCACUUUGCCGUGGACCCUGGGAAAGAUUGGGAGUGGGGCAAAGAUGACACGGACAACGUGAUGCUGGCGAGCGUGGCUCUGUCCUUGGAGGCCAAGCUCCAGAUGUUGCACAGCUACAUGACGGUCACCUGGCUGCCGCUGCCCUGUGAGCAGGCGCCUCUGGCUCAGCCCGAGUCUCCCACGGCAUCGGCGGGAGACGACGCCCGAACGCCUCCCGACUCGGGGGAGUCGGAUAAGGAGUCGGUCAGCAGCAGCUCCAACGGCAACGGAGAGGCGGCGACGGCGCCCGCGGCCAACGGAGGCGGGUCGUUGGCCAAGAACAGCUCCUCUUCCUCGUCGAGCUCCUCCAGCAGCGGAUCGGCCGGGAAGGACAAAACCAAGAAGGAUAAAGACAAAGACAAGAAGAGGGCGGACUCGGUGGCCAAUAAGCUCGGCAGUUUCGGCAAAAGCCUGGGCAGCAAGCUGAAGAAGAACGUGGGCGGGCUGAUGACGGGGAAGAACGCCGGAGCCGGAGGCGCCAAGCAGGACGCCGUGGAGAAGAAGAAGGGCUCGCUCGGGGGCAGGAAGGAGGGCAGCAAGGAGGGCCCGCCCCCGGCGCAGGCCUCGGAGGAUUCCGGGAAAGGCUCGCCGUCCUCGGGCAGCGAGCGGCUCGACGGCGCGGGCGGCAGCACGAGCAGCGGCGGCGGCGGCAGCACCGAGGGCGAGCACUACAAGUACGGCGCCGACGUCAAGGUGGGCAUGGGCAUCCUGCGGGCCGCCAUGCAGGGCGACAGGAAGCUGGUCUUCGCCAGCCUCCUCACGACCAGCAACCGGCAGCCCUUCCAGGAGGAGAUGAUCCAGCGGUACCUCGCCGACGCCGAGGAGCGCUACCGCGGCGAGCAAGAGCAGCAGCGGCGGGACGCGGAGAGGAAGGGCGGCGGCGGUGGCGGCGUCGCCAACGGCGCCCAGCCGCCGAAGAAGGAGCCGGCCGGCGGGGCGGAGCCGAGCUACCGGCCUCACGAGGCCCAGGAGGAGCCGUCGGAGAACACGGCGCCGCCUUCUUCCUUGAAGUCGUCUCCUCUGAGCGCCUCCGUGUUCUCCGGCCCCCGGCCCUCCUUCCUCGACCAGACUCCCGGCGCCCCGCCGACUCAGCACCUUCACGCCCACAGCUACACGGACGCCCGGCGCCAGCUGGCCGGCGGCUCCCCGGCGACCUCCUACCCGGGCCUCCCGCCGUACGCCACCCUCCCCCGGCACUGCCCCGCGCCGCAGGGUCCCUCCCACCCCCAGUAUGACUCGCAAGGCCCCGCCUCCUUGAGUCCUUCCCGCCUCACGCCCUCCUACCCCCCCGAGUUCGACCCGCCGGACUACCCCGGGGCCGAGCCGGCGGGGGGGAGCUACGCCGGCGGCUUCCGGGACGCGGCGCGCUCCGACUCGGACUCUCGGAGCGGCGGGCGGCCGCCGGUCAGACACUACUCGCUGGGCAGCGCCGGCGGGUCGGCCGACCUGCAGUCGUGCCGCUGCCGGACGCCCAGCUGCACCUUCUACGGCCACCCGGAGACGGGCGACUUCUGCUCCUGCUGCUACCGCGAGGAGCAGAAGAGGAGGGAGCCGGAGCUCGCCGUCCACAGGUUCUGACCGGCGAGCCGGGCCGCGGCUUGAAACGAGUGGCCUUUUGUGAGAUUUAAAUGAAGAAUUAAGCCCCUCCCCCUUUAUUUUUAUUAAUUUUCUUAGCCGUGUCACUUCCUGUCGGGAUGGACGACCUCAAAGUGGCAGAGAGUCGACGCGACUACAGAAUAAACAGGGUAGUUUGUUUCUCGCUGCUGGGGUCACGUGACCAUAGAACUGACUGACUGUGUGUGUGUGUGUGUGUGUGUGUGUGUGUGUGUGUGUGUGUGUGUGUGUGUGUGUGUGUGUGUGUGUGUGUGUGUGUGUGUGUGUGUGUGUGUGUGUGUGUGUGUGUGUGUGUGUGUGUGUGUGUGUGUGUGUUGCAGGCUCUCCUCCUUUAUCAGUUUAACGCCUUGCUACUGUCUCCUCCUGGUGGAGAGAAUGUAUAUGGCAGGCGGCAUACAUAACACUCAUCAGCACACACACACACACUAACUGACUCACACUACAUGCACACACACAUCCACCAAGUCCGACUCACACGACCACACACACUAAGUCCGACUCACACGACCACACACACACACAUACACUAAGUCUGACUCACACGACCACACAUACACUAAGUCUGACUCACACGACCACACACACACACACAUACACUAAGUCCGACUCACACGACCACACACACAUACACUAAGUCUGACUCACACGACCACACACAUACACUAAGUCUGACUCACACGACCACACACACACACACAUACACUAAGUCUGACUCACACGACCACACACACACACACAUACACUAAGUCCGACUCACACGACCACACACACGUACACUAAGUCCGACUCACACGACCACACACACGUACACUAAGUCCGACUCACACGACCACACACACACUAAGUCCGACUCACACGACCACACACACACACACAUACACUAAGUCCGACUCACACGACCACACACACACACUAAGUCUGACUCACACGACCACACACACACACACAUACACUAAGUCCGACUCACACGACCACACACACGUACACUAAGUCCGACUCACACGACCACACACACGUACACUAAGUCCGACUCACACGACCACACACACACUAAGUCCGACUCACACGACCACACACACACAUACACUAAGUCCGACUCACACGACCACACACACGCACACUAAGUCCGACUCACACGACCACACACACAUACACUAAGUCCGACUCACACGACCACACACACACACAUACACUAAGUCCGACUCACACGACCACACACACACAUACACUAAGUCCGACUCACACGACCACACACACACAUACACUAAGUCCGACUCACACGACCACACACACACAGAUGCAAGCACAAACCAGACGAUACGGAGUCCGUCUGGUCUGUGACCAUGUUUGGAUUUUGUUUAUUUUGCUCGGGUUGAUUUGUGUUCCACGGAUUCCUAAUCUGGUCACUGGAUGUUUGUGUCGACGUUCCUCGAAUCGCUUUUUCGUCUCGUCGGUCCAUAUUCACGCAAAUGUAAAGUAGCGCGCGAUGCUCAGAGGAGGCGUUCUGCGGUGCGACCGUUACACAAUGCAAACACUCCGUUCAACACGAUGGCGUCGCUGGGAGCCGGAUUAUAAAGAGGUCAACGACUACGGCCACUUGGCCAGAUUAUGAACCGACAUUGUUGAGACCACCUCGAGCCCCAGUGGCACCGACGUUGUUUCGUCUUUCUCCGCUGGGUCUUAUCCUCUUUUUGCAAAACGACGGUUGCCGUUGAGGCGUUUUGAUUAUUGGGUCCGACACAGCCAUGCAAUACUACACACACACACACACACUACAACGUCAACAUGUCACAGAGCACAACCGUUUAUGGAGACAUCCGUCACAUGGGAAACAUGCGGCAACGUUAAAUAAUUCAUAUGCAACCGUUUCUUGGGGGGUUGAGGGUGGUUUGACGAGUAGAUGAGCCAUUGGACGAGUAGAUGAACCUAUAAGACGAGUAGAUGAACCUAUAAAACGAGUAGAUUACCCAUUUGACGAGUAGAUGAACCUAUAAGACGAGUAGAUUACCCAUUUGACGAGUAGAUUAACCUAUAAGACGAAUAGAUGACCCUUUGGAUGAGUAGAUGAACCUAUAAGACGAGUAGAUGACCCCUUGGACGAGUAGAUGACCCCUUGGAUGAGUAGAUGACCCAUUUGACGAGUAGACGACCCAUUGGACGAGUAGAUGACCCCUUGGAUGAGUAGAUGACCCAUUUGACAAGUAGAUGACCCAUUGGACGAGUAGAUGACCCAUUGGACGAGUAGAUGACCCCUUAGAUGAGUAGAUGGCCCCUUGGAUGAGUAGAUGACCCCUUGGAUGAGUAGAUGACCCCUUGGACGAGUAGAUGACCCUUGGAUGAGUA